UUCUUCUCCCCCAAACCGAAACCCUCGCCGUCGCCCUUCCCCCCCUCCUCCGGCGGCCAUGGACGAGCAGCAGGUGCUCCUUGGCAUCUCCAGGAGCGAUAUGCUCGCCAGAAUAGAGCGUUGCGGCCGGGAUCCUGCGAUGCUGGACCUCGGCUCAAACAUGCUGCUCCACUUCGCGUACGAGUACCUCCCGGACCCGCCCGUCUCCCCCACCGCGCCCCUCUCGCUCGCCGACGCAUCGUGGGUACCCGACGGCGUCGAUCGCAUCAGCCGCCUCCCCGACGUCGUCCUCCGCGACAUCAUCUCCCGCCUCCCUGCCAAGGACGCCGCGCGCACCACCGCCCUCGCCUCGCGCUGGCGCCCACUCUGGCGCUCGGCGCCCCUUGCUCUUGUCGACAGCCAUCUGCUUCCGGACGGCGGCGCCUCUGGGCCGCUCAUCAUCGGUGCUCCCUCUCCCCGCGCCGUCACCGCCGCGGUGUCCAGCGCCCUCGCGGCGCACCCGGGGCCUUUCCGCUGCGUCCACCUUACCUGCAGCACCAUGGACGAGCACCGAGGCGAGAUGGCGCGCUGGAUCGACACCCUCGUCGCCAAGGGGGUCAAAGAUCUCGUCUUUGUCAACCGCCCUUGGCCGAUGGACCUGCGCCUCCCCGCCACGCUCUUCAGCUGCGCCUCCCUCACCCGCCUCUAUCUCGGCGUCUGGACACUUCCAGGCACCGCCGCCGUGCCGCGCGGCGCCAGCUUCCCCAAUCUCCGGGAGCUCGGCCUCUGCAUGACUGUCAUGGAGGACCGUGCUCUUGCCUUCAUGCUCGAAAGAAGCCCCGUCCUGGAGUUCCUCCUCAUCAUGUGGAGCCAGACCGGAGCGCGCCUCCGACUCGUGAGCCACAGCCUGCGGUGUCUUCAGCUGGGCUAUACCCACUUGGAGGACAUCGAAGUGGUGGAUGCCCCUCGCCUGGAGAGGCUCUUCCUGCGAAAUGUAUCCUUGCCUGGAACCGGCAAGUUCACCAUAAACAGCCCUUCCAGGAUCAAGAUUGGCGGUGCACCCAACCUGCGUGUGCUGGGAUACAUUCAGCCAGGACAGACAGAGCUGGGGAUUAGCAACACCGUCAUCAUGGCUGGGAGCAAGGAGAAGAUUGUCCCUAGUGUCCAGAUUUUGGCCAUAGACGUGCAGUUCGGUAUCCGCAAUGCUGUGAAGAAAGCGCCUGGCUUUCUCAGAUGCUUCCCCAACCUGGAGACGCUCCAUGUCUAUUCCCCUCCCAUACCUGAAAAGUCCACCGGCAAGGUCAAUCUAAAGUUCUGGCAGGAGGAUGGUCCCAUGAAAUGCGUGGUGCAGAGCAUGAAGAAGGUGUUCUUCUACGAGUUCCAAGGGUCGAGAAGCGAGGUCGCUUUCCUCAAGUUCAUGGCGGAGAGAGGUCGGGUGCUGGAGCUGAUGGUGGUCGUGGUGGCCAAGGCAUGUUUCUCCUCGGUGGAUGAUGAUGUGAAUGUGAAGCUGAAACCUCUGACGGGUGCGAAAUGGAGCAGCAAAGCUUGCAAACUACACAUCUUCAAGAGCCGACGCACUGAUGUCGCGGGUCCACUCUGCAGGCACAAUAUAGCUUGUGAUUUUGGGUGGGCUGACCCUUUUGACCUCAGGUACUACUACAAAGCAGAAAGGAUCUCUGUGAGUUAGUUAAUAGCACCACGCCGUGCCUCUUGUGCUGCAAGACUGCUAGUUCUUCAGCUAAAAGAACCUGCAUUUCUCUUGGCAUGCUUUCUGGAUCUGGUGUUUGUGCCAAGUCAAGUCUUGUGUGGCUGGAUUGCUGGUAGGAGUAAUAGAUUGAAUCGGAUAAAACCAACAAUUUCUUCAAGUCUGUUCCGUCUUCAUCUUGUUUUUUGUUUUACCUUGCAGUCAAACUCUUAUAUGGUCUUUCUGGUUUGUCCAACUGCAAUUUUAGUUUAUGCUGUGAAGUUGUUGUAGUUGGCAUGAAUCAACUUGGUAUGCCUUAGCGGUCGGUGGCGCGCAUUGUUGCACAGGCUCACUGCGCCGCAGUGAGUUAGGAGUGCCCUUGAGGGCGUUAUCGCGCACCGUUUGUUUGGUGGACUGUUAGGUCUUAGCUAUGUGUGCAUACUGAAAGAUGAGUUCAGUUGUGCUAGCAGAGAGGAGGGAGGACGGUGCUGCUUACAAAUGUUUUUUUUUGCCUGGCUUAAACUAUUAUUGCCAAUUGUUUGCUGUACUAAUAAUUGCUUCAUGGAAGAAUCUAAAUGGUUCAGACAGCAUGCAAGUUGCUCAAAUUCAACACCAGGGGUCUGGACAUUGUUCAAGUUGUAACAUGCAACACGUGAGACAUCUGGACAUUGUUCAGUUGGCUGUUGCAAAUGUAUCUCCAGUAAAUUGAAAUUUCACUCUGCUUCGGCGUCAUUCCCUUUGUAGAAUGCUUCUGAAUUAUAUACAUCCAUCUGAGCUCCAGCAACUCAGUGCUUCUUUCUCCGGAAGCUACAAGUCAGAGAGAGAGGAUAUGAUACCCUUUACCCAUCCACAGAAUUUAGAGAAUUCCACAAACCAGCAUCUGAGGGUUGCCGGUAAUCACAAAUCUUCAAGCCAAGAUGAGAUCACGUGCUGGCAAUUGGAAAGGUCAGAGUGCCCUCACAAGUUUGAUUCGUGUGGAGGUCUGAAUACAAACACAGUUUCUGCUUAAAUUAACUAUCUGACCUUAGGUACCCACUCAGCUGCUGGCUCGGCAAUGUGAUAGUACAACAUCACCUAUGCCCCUAUUCGUCAUUUCCGUGGGUAGCCGAAUGCUUCCGAGGCCAUCAUAUUAUUGUUCCGACUCAAAAUCACUUAUAUUCUGAGAAACAUCCACAAGUUUCUGCGGCAGACCGAUGGCGGACACAGGUGGUACCUUAGGUUGAGUGCCUGAAGUGGCGGGCGCCGGUGAAGAGGAGGGAAGGCGCCGUACGGCCCUACCUGUUGCAGCAGUCGACGGCGUCCUUGUCCCUCAUGCUGCCGCCGGGCUGCACGAUCGUGCUGAUGCCGUUCUCGCACGCCCGAUGACGCUUGGAAGGGGGGGUGCCCGCCCAUUUUUUGGUGCCCGGAAACAAGAAGGCGAGAGAAAGAGGGUGAAAUGAAACAACAAAGAUACAUCUAUAUUUUGACAAAUGUAAGGCAUGUAUUGUGGAACGGAGGAAGCAGUAGAGUUUUUCAAGAGCCAUCGUACUGAAGGUGGAGGUGCUGCUUAAAGCAACAAGAUAGCUUCUGAUUUAGGGUUUUCUGAACCUUUUGACCUCCUCAAGCACCACUAUAUAGCUGAACGGGUCUAUGUAAGUUAGUUAAUGUCACCUUGCUUACAGCCUACUUGUUACCUAGCUAGAUUUGGUCUUGUCUGACCUGGCAGCAUUUCUCUUGGCAUGCUCUCUGAAUGCGGUGUUGCAUGAUGAGGUUGUUUCAUACUUUUGGGGUAUCCCACAUAUCGAGACAAAACUCACACUUAUUUUGCCCGAAAUCCACUCCGUGGAUUCUCAUUAUCUUUUCCAGGGGUCAAGGGUCUUCACAGGGUACUACCACCCUUGAAAUGCACAAAUUCAUCCAUACACCAUAUUUCUCACAUCCUCAAAAAUGGUCAAAAUCUUUCUUCAUAGAGUAACAACACAUAAAAAUCCAAAUCAGUACCAACGGUGCUAACUUUAUUGAUUCUUCAAUGAUUACAAUCUCUUGCUUUUCCAUUACAUGACUCAACUCAUCGCCUCAAUAUAAAGGAUGAUGUUCUCACUACUACUACUUUACUUCUCACAGACACAACUAAUUAUCACAAGUCUCCUUCUCCUU